AAUUUCCCAUACCUUCCUUUCUGUCCCCCAAUUCUCUUCUCAUUCUUCAUCUUCUUUCACCCAUUCAAAUUCUCCAUUUCGAUCGAUCCUUCUUCUCUCCUCCGGAUUGGAUUCACACUGUAAACUUUCGAAUUUCAACCAUGGCCGUCAGAUGAUAGGCUUAGCAGAUUUUACUGAGAGAUGGGUAAAAUGGGUUCUUAGUGUGAUGGGUGUUAUUGAGUUUGGCAACUACUAGCUUCUGUCGAUUUUGGUUGGUGGUUCUUUUGUUGGGGAAUGGUUCGUAUGGAGCAUCUUCCGGUGGAGGUCAUAGGUAACAUACUAUCACGGCUUAGAGCUGCCCGAGAUGUGGUGAUCGCGUCCGCAACAUGCAAGAAAUGGAGAGAGGCUUGGAGGAAUCACCUCCACACUCUGUCGUUCAAUUCCAACGAUUGGCCUCUCUUUCAUGAUCUCCCGACGAUUAGGUUGGAGAUUCUGAUAACUCAGACCAUAUUCCAAACGACUGGUUUGCAGUGUCUGUCGAUUUUUAUGGACGACGUUGAUGAAUUCUCAGCUGCCCCUGUGAUCGCUUGGCUUAUGUAUACUCGGGACACCUUGCGGCAAUUGCACUAUAAUGUGCGGACAACCCCGAAUGUUAAUAUCAUUGAGAAAUGCAGUCGUCAGAAGCUUGAAGUGUUGGCAUUGGCUCAUAAUUCUGUAACAGGCGUUGAACCAAGUUAUCAGAAGUUUCUGUGCUUGAAGUCGCUUUCCCUGAGUUAUGUCAAUAUCUCAGCUUUGGAUUUGAGCCUGUUACUCACUGCAUGUCCAAAACUUACCAGUUUGUCGCUUAUUAAUCCUGAUAUUGCCAUGUCAGAUGCACAGGCAACAAUGGAACUUACCAGUGCUUCUUUGAGAGAUAUCUAUGUUGAAGCAGUCAGUUUGGAUAAGUUCAUAUUGGAGGCUGACACCCUUGAGAAUCUGCACUUGAAAGAUUGUACCUUGGAGCUUUUUGAGCUUAUUGGUAAGGGUUCAUUGAAGGUGUUAAAGAUUGAUGAUGUUAGCGUGCUCCAUCUCGAUAUUGGUGAAAACACAGAGAAUCUUCAGAUUGUUGAUGUCAGUAGCUUCACAAUCAUGUGGCCUAAGUUCUAUAACAUGAUCUCCAAGUCAUCAAAGUUAAGGAGACUUCGGCUAUGGGGUGUUGUGUUUGAUGAUGAGGAUGAGGUUGUGGAUUUGGAGAAUGUUUCUGUUUGCUUCCCACUGUUAAGCCACCUAUCCCUAAGUUAUGAUUUGAGAGAUGUUUGUGGCCUGCAGGGGACAUCUCGUUUGGAGAAUGUGGUUGUUUUAGAACUUGGAUGGACUAUAAUCAGUGAACUCUUCUCUGAAUGGGUAGCAGGCCUUAUUGAGAGGUGCCCUAAAUUGAGGAAGUUAGUCAUUUAUGGGGUUGUUUCAGAAGCCAAAUCCCAUGAAGAGUGCCAAACUUUGGCAAACUUCACCUCGGCCAUUGUCCGUCUGAUGAGAAAAUUUAUGCAUGUAGAGAUUCAGUUUGAAUACGAAUAAAGUCCUGUUCUUCCAUUCAAUGGGUUUCCAACUUUUGCAGUCUGAUCUGCACAACAAGGUAGAUGGCGCAUGUGAGGUAACAUAUUACCCUCGUGUAAAUCGUUGCCUCAUAUAUUCUAAAAUGCUGAGCUGAUGUGACUUCAAAGAUUGUUAAAAAUUAGUUUUGGUGGCCUUUGUCAGCCUUGUACUUGUUUCAGAAGACGGGAAUUUUCAUAUUUAAGAUUGUUUUUUCUGCUAGUUUUUGCAUGUACUCAUUUCAGAAAUGGAACUUCCAUAUCAGGGAUUGUUUUCUAUUUCUGUGCUUUGUUUUCGAAUCUAUUAGUCCAUGUCCUUCCUUUGAUA